CCGUGAAUACAUAAAAUAGAAAAAGUGGGAAAUUCUUCAAAUUUUUAAUAACUUCGUGCGUGAUAAGAACAAAUUCCAAUUGCUUGAACUCCCGCUGUCGUUCUCGUGGGAAAAACAGACCGAGAAAGUGAAAGAAACUUAGGAACGAGCAAUCAACGCCUCUAGCCCACAGAUAUCAUCAUUCAUUUUCAUUUAUAUAUAUUCUUGCUGCGAACAGUACAUAUAGUACAAAGUAUAUUCUUACUUCGAAUAGCAAAGAUCGGUUUAGGGAGAGAAAAGUGAUUAACUGCGUGGGUUAACUUGGUGGCGUUCGUUCUUGUUAAGCAGACCGGAAGGGUUAAUGAACCAUGAUGAUGACGGAGAUAAAGUUGUGUUUGCUGUUCGUUACUCUCUUAUCAUUGAUAGGAUUGGGUUAUAUGGCCCCAGCGUUUGGUGAUGCCUUUCAUGUGGGGACUGAGGAGAAGUUCGAUUUUAUGAACGUUGUACACGUAGGAAAUACGAAAAAUGCGACAGUACAGACCGGAUACACUAUACGUGCUACCGUGCUUGUGGGCACCGUUUGGGGGGAUGACGAAUCCAAACUUUUGAAAAUAACGGUUUCGAAUCCAUUACUAAAAAGUAUUCCUGACGAAACUGUCGGUAGUGUUGAUGAAAGUGCAAGUACCCCAUUCUAUGCGUGGUGGAACUUGGGUCGUCUACGUGGAGUUUAUUUCUCCCCUCGUGUUGGAUCAAUCCCGGUACGUAACUUCCAAAGGGGAAUCGCCGCUCUUUUCCAGUACCAAUUGUUGGAUGGGUUGUAUGAGGAGGAUGAUCCAUCAGGCAGAUGCAAAACAAAAUAUAUUUCCCACUCGUCAACGCGGUAUCAUAAGUCGAAAAGCGAUUGCUACUUUAAUGCUAAUCGCAUUGAGCGAUCCGAAUAUCCACUGCGAAGCAGUCUGAAAGUAUCACGAAGCGCAGAUUUUACCGUAUCUCCGGAGGGAGCAUUGCAAAAGAUGGUUAGCCAGGACUAUGUAAAAUACCUUCUGAACGCUCACGAGCAACUUGGCGCAUAUUACGAAUCGGUAAUGCGACUUGAAGUAACAGGAACAGUGCAGAAAAUCGAUACUCACAAAAGCGGCAACAUACAGGACAUUGUCAAGGAACUGGGCCUGGUCAGCGACACUCUUCUGAUUGACCCGGCAAACUCUUCGAAGUGCGAGAUUUCGGGUUGCGUUGGAGUAAUUGAAUUGUUCAAACGAAACAAGAUGCAUUUAUCGAAUGAUAAAAUUGGCAGUGCCCAAUCAUCUGCGGCUUUACUGGAACUUGUGCAAGCGGGACGAAAAGCGUCCUUGGAUGAUUUAACCCGCAUUCUUAAAGCCAAAUCAUCGGUGGAUCUCAAGCGCCAAUUGAUGGAUUUCCUGGGAGCGAUACAAACUAUCUCAGCGCAUACAGCGGUCAAGUCAGAGUUAAAGUAUGGUUCUGACGAGGAAUUGCUGCUUGCCGAGCGUUAUUUACAAGCGCUAGCCGUAGGGAGCCGUCCGCAAAAAGAAAUUAUCGAAGAUUUGCUAGAAAUGGCUAGAAAAGAACAUACUAGCCCAAAGUUUGCGGAUACUCUUAUCCAGAGCCUUGCUUCAACUGCUCGACGAUAUGCGCAACUAGAAGGAAACACGUAUGAUACGGAUGUUGUGGUUAACGUGCGUACCUUCCUCACCGACAAGUUAGGAGAAUGCAGUAAAGAGACAUGUAUGCUCCAAUACAUUCGUGCGCUACAUAAUCUCAAGUGUCCCAAGACCACUGAUUUGUUGAUUAAGCUAGCUCUGGAAGCACCUCGACUAGUCAGUGUUGCCGCAAUGAAAGCACUUAGAGCAUUUUCUAUUUAUAUAUGGAAUGAUGAUUUUCGCUCAAAGUUUGAAGAAAUAUUUUUCCAAGUAUCGAAGUCAUACGAUUCGAGCGCCAGAACGUUAGCUUUGGAUAUACUUGUGGACCUCAAACCGGAUUCCAGCGAGUUGGCUCAUCUGUUACAAUUCCUCAAGUCGAGCGACAAGGCGUUCGAGGUGAAGCAAUAUGUUCUACAGAAAUUAAGAAUGUCCGCCUCCAAAUGUCCUGCAUUUGCUGCCAAUUUAAGAAGAGCAAUUGAAAGCGAUCCUGCAAUGAACAACUAUGAUGUGUUGGUACCAAAAGGAUUGUCAACGGCAUUGCAUCGACCGUUUUCUAGUCUUCCAUCAUUUAACGCCUCACUUACAAGCCUGCAGGAAAUGAGCGGUGGCGUGCUAAAGCGCGGUAUCGUUGAUUUAACGCUGGAAGUGGCCGACGAAAGCACCAGCUUAUUCACGCUCGGUCUCUAUGCUAGGGGAAUGUCGGCUUUUGUCAGCAGUAGCGAGGAAGAAUCGAACGAAGCUGAAGAGGAGACAACAGCUGGUAUGGAAUUGGCAAUCCAAGGAGCUAACAUGCGACCUUUGGAAUUUUUCAACGGAAAAGGAGAGCUCAUGGGACACGUUUGGAGCGGUACUGCCUCUGAACCAACACCAGCGUAUCAGGCAAUAACGUUAUUGCAAGAUAACGAAGAACAGUUUCAUUCGCAUAACGGGGCUAUCUUGAACCUAGGAGCAAUUGGGGCUAUAUCCAUUGAUCUGAAUGGACAGGUCACCAUGAGUCUAUGGGGACGAAAUGCUCAGUCUAAAGUGGAACAGAACAUUGGCAUUAGCAUGGCGGGGCAGUUAUCGUUGGACACACUGUUUGCAAAUUUGGCUGUAAGCUUUAAUGCCAUCCAAGAGCCCCGUUUGCAUUUGACUUCAGCACUUGAUUUUUCUGGUGAUCCAGCGCUCUGCAUGCAGCUUCUACAGCCAAGUAGCCAAAUGAAACUAAAAUUCGUUCGAGCAACUUUGCUGGCAGGAACGAAGCAUACGGUGGAACGAAAAAUAUCGAGAACAUACAAUUUAAAUGGAUUAACACAUGCACUGAAUAAGAAGAACAACGAAAUGUGUAAUUUGAUCGCCGAAAAAUGAUCCUCUGAAACUGGAGGGAACAUAAGGAGACGAUUACGAUUGCGGACUUCAGUUCGAGCUUAUCUUCCAAAGUACAAUUUAGUACACCAGUGAAUCAAUUCGUGAUUUACGUGGAGACCACAGAACCACACACUUGGCUAGUUGUAAGUGUUACUAUGCUGUUUUGUGAAAAGACAAUAUGUAUGAUUAAAAAAUGCUAGCUUCCGUUUGAACUACA